AUGGGUAAGAGAAAAGCAGAUAACGGAGGGAAAAGAAAUCACAAGAAGUUCAAGGCCUCUGCCAUUAUAGAACCCAACACCACAGGAAUAUAUGCCACUUGUACGAGGGGCAAAGAGAAAGGUUGUGUGAAGGAACUUAUGAAUUUGUUCACCGAAAAGGCUGAAGAGUAUUAUGACCUAUCAGCUGUAGAAGAUGACGAGGAAACUGAUGGAGAAGAACCAAAGGAACUUUCGAUAGAGGAUCAGAUCAAGAAGGAAGUGGAGGACUUAAAGGACACCAAGUCGAAAAAAUCGUUGUUUUCUGCGUUGAACUUAGAAUGCGAGUGUUUGGUGUUCAUCAAGACCAAAAAACCCAUUGAACCCGAGUUGUUUUGUAAAAAAGUAUGUCAGGACAGUUUCCGCAGCAAGAUUAAGACCACCAGAUUUACCCAGAAGUUAACUCCAGUUACUUUUACGGUGUCAGCAAGUAUUGAAGAACUUAAGAAACUUUGUACUAGAGUGCUUGCACCUCACUUUCAUCAAGAAAAUGACCAAGUUCCUGUAAAGUUUGCCAUCAACGUGACGAGAAGAAACUUCAAUGCCAUCGAAAAAGAUGUAAUUAUCAAGACAGUUGCAGAAAUGGUGGGAAGAGAUCAUGGGCAUUCGGUGGACUUGAAAAACUACCAUAAAUUAAUAUUGAUUGAAUGCUAUAAAACAAGCAUAGGUAUGAGUGUUGUUGACGACUAUGAGAAACUCUGUAAAUACAACUUGCAACAGAUAUAUGAAAAGUCUACCUGA